AUGGACAGCAGCCCCAAUAGCACCAGCCUAUUCAGCACCAUGGACAGCAGCCCCAAUAGCACCAGCCUAUUUAGCACCAUGGACAGCACCCAUCACUACAUUUUCAAUACCAUGGGCAGAGUCAGCUGGACAAACAAGGGCUGUUUGAGAGUCACUCGUCAUUUGGCGGAGAGUCAGGCGGCAUUGGCGGAGAGUCAGGCGGCAUUGGCGGAGAGAGAGUCAGGCGGCAUUGGGGGAGAGUCAGGGGAGAGUCAGGCGGCAUUGGCGGAGAGUCAGGCGGCAUUGGGGGAGAGUCAGGCGGCAUUGGGGGAGAGUCAGGCGGCAUUGGGGGAGAGUCAGGCGGCAUUGGGGGAGAGUCAGGCGGCAUUGGGGGAGAGUCGGAGGCGGCAUUGGGGAGAGUCUGGCGGCAUUGGGGGAGAGUCAGGCGGCAUUGGGGGAGAGUCAGGCGGCAUUGGCGGAGAGUCAGGCAGCAUUGGGGGAGAGUCAGGCGGCAUUUGGCGGCAUUGGGGGAGAGUCAGGCGGCAUUGGGGGGGGAUUUGGUGGAGUCAGGCGGCAUUGUCAUUUGGGGAGAGUCAGGCGGCAUUGGGGGAGAGUCUGGCGGCAUUGGGGGAGAGUCUCAGGCGGCAUUCAGGCGGGGGAGAGUCAGGCGGCAUUGGGGGAGAGUCCAGGCGGCAUUGGGGGAGAGUCAGGCGGCAUUGGGGAGAGUCAGGCGGCAUUGGGGGAGAGUCAGGCGGCAUUGGCGGAGAGUCAGGCGGCAUUGGCGGAGAGUCAGGCGGCAUUGGGGGAGAGUCAGGCGGCAUUGGGGGAGAGUCUGGCGGCAUUGGGGGAGAGUCUGGCGGCAUUGGGGGAGAGUCUGGCGGCAUUGGGGGAGAGUCUGGCGGCAUUGGGGGAGAGUCAGGCGGCAUUGGGGGAGAGUCAGGCGGCAUUGGGGGAGAGUCAGGCGGCAUUGAUUGGGGGAGAGUCACUCGUCAUUUGGCGGAGAGUCAGGCGGCAUUGGGGGAGAGUCACUCGUCAUUUGGCGGAGAGUCAGGCGGCAUGGGGAGAGUCAGGCGGGGGGAGAGUCAGGCGGCAUUGGGGGAGAUUCAGGCGGCAUUGGGGGAGAGUCAGGCGGCAUUGGGGGAGAGUCUGGCGGCAUUGGGGGAGAGUCAGGCGUCAUUUGGCGGAGAGUCACUCGGCAUUGGGGGAGAGUCAGGCGGCAUUGGGGGAGAGUCAGGCGGCAUUGGGGGAGAGUCAGGCGGAGAAUGA